UCCGGCCCCGCCCCCAAGGCGCGCUUUGCUUUGACAGGACAAUUUACGUUACCUUCAUGAAUUCUGGAACCGGUGACUCGGACAUCCACCUCUUCCAGACAAUGAAAUUACCUACCUAAGAACUUGGGGAGUCCAGCUCCAGGCCCCGCAGGUCUUCGAGAGAUGGCGGUAUAUGAGGAACUUCCGGCCUCCGAACGCUGGGAGGCGCUGUGAUCUCUCGGUGACCUCUUGGACACCGGACUACAAGGCGCAAGCGCAGUCUUGGCUUUAAGCCGGCUUCCCACGUGUGAACCUUGUGGGCAAGUUUUUCGAGAAAAAUGCCCAAACUCAAGGUGGCCCGUGGGGCCGGGAAUCAGGAGAAGCAUGCACCUCUGGCCGAGCAGAUUCUGGCUGGGAACGCAGUGCGCGCGGGGACCCGAGACAAACGGCGGGGACGCGGGGUCGAAGAGGAGGAAGAGUAUGUGGGACCCCGGUUGAGCAGACGGAUUUUGCAGCAAGCCCGGCAGCAGCAAGAGGAGCUCGAGACUGAACACGGGACUGGACACCAGCCUGCAAAACCGCGAGAGCGCGCCACGCGGCUGGGGCCCGGAGUGCCACAGGAUGGAUCCGAGGAUGAGGAUGAGGAGUGGCCCACCCUGGAGAAGGCAGCCAAAAUGACCGGGGUGGACUACCAAGCAGAAGUGGUUGUAGACCCUGAAGAUGAACGCGCCAUUGAAAUGUUCAUGAACAAGAACCCUCCCGUCAGGCGCACUCUGGCUGACAUCAUCAUGGAGAAGCUGACUGAGAAGCAGACAGAGGUGGAGACGGUCAUGUCAGAGGUGUCGGGCUUCCCUAUGCCUCAGCUGGAUCCCCGAGUCCUGGAGGUCUACAGAGGAGUCCGGGAGGUGUUAUCCAAGUACCGCAGUGGGAAACUGCCCAAGGCUUUUAAGAUCAUCCCUGCGCUGUCCAACUGGGAGCAGAUCCUCUAUGUCACCGAGCCCGAGGCCUGGACAGCAGCUGCCAUGUAUCAAGCCACCAGGAUUUUUGCCUCCAACCUGAAGGAACGCAUGGCUCAGCGCUUCUACAACCUCGUCCUGCUCCCCCGAGUCCGCGACGACAUCGCCGAGUACAAACGACUCAACUUCCACCUCUACAUGGCGCUCAAGAAGGCCCUGUUCAAGCCUGGGGCGUGGUUCAAAGGAAUCCUGAUCCCGCUGUGCGAGUCCGGCACCUGUACCCUCCGAGAAGCCAUCAUCGUGGGCAGCAUCAUCACCAAGUGCUCCAUCCCAGUACUGCACUCCAGUGCAGCCAUGCUGAAGAUUGCUGAGAUGGAAUAUAGCGGCGCCAACAGCAUUUUCCUGCGCCUGCUGCUGGAUAAGAAGUACGCGUUGCCCUACCGGGUGCUAGACGCCCUGGUCUUCCAUUUUCUGAGCUUCCGAACGGAGAAGCGCCAGCUGCCUGUGCUCUGGCACCAGUGCCUUCUGACGUUGGCACAGCGCUACAAGGCCGACUUGGCCACGGACCAGAAGGAGGCCCUCCUGGAACUGCUUCGACUGCAGCCCCACCCCCAGCUGUCUCCCGAAAUCAGGCGUGAGCUUCAGAGUGCAGUCCCCAGAGAUGUGGAGGAUGUUCCCGUCACCAUGGAAUAGAACCGUCACCUGCCGUGGUCCAGGGGGCGUGGGGGGACACCAAGACCCCAGCUGGUUACCCAAGAUGCAAAGACCCAGAUCAAGGCACUGAGGGUUGGGUGCCAUCUGUGGUGUCGGUCCUGGGCAGGCUGAUCCGGGUGGCUCUCUGCCAUUCUGGGCUUUCGUCCUCGCUCACUUCCAGAAGCUCACUGGAGUCACCCCAGUUCAGCAUCCCCACAACCCAGCUGGCACUUGGUCUAAGGCCGCUCUCUGCAGUCCCUGUCAGCUCACUGGGUUGUAGAUAAAGCAGGGCAGUUAUUUAUUGGA